AUGAAAGCAGUCCAGAUCAUGGGUGACGAAAAGUCUCCCAAAAUCACUCUCAAUACAAACAUACCAAAGCCCUCACCUGAAGGCGCCAACAUCCUGGUCCGGGUUCACGCUGCCGGAGUUACUGGCGAUGAACUCAGCUGGCCCGAGCUUUACGAAACCGCAUCCCGGAUUCCCGGCCACGAGCUAUCAGGAACUAUCGCAGAACUCGGCCCAGAAUACACCGGGAGCCUUUCCGUCAGCCAAGAUGUCUAUGCAUUCACAUCGGCAGACCGUGGACAAUGCCAAGCUGAAUAUGUUGCUUGCUCACCAGACGAGGUUACUCCGAAACCGACUUGCAUCUCUCAUCUUGAGGCAGCAGCACUUCCGAUACCAGUACUGACGGCAUGGGAGGCUGCCAUUGAUCAUGGGGAGAUUACUGCAGAUAUGAUAGUUCUAGUCACCGGGGCCUCUGGUGCCGUUGGCGUCCUUGCGGUUCAGUUGGUUGCCCAGCUUAGCGGUGCUCGUGUCAUUGCGCUGGCUUCAUCGCGAAAUCAUGAGAACUUGAAGCAGCUAGGCGCCGAAGUCUUGGAUUACAAUGACCCAGGCUGGACCUCCACAGUCGGUGGUGUGGAUGUUGUCAUAGACACAGUUGGCGGGAGUGUCCUGAGCGAUGUAUGGAAGGUCGUGGCUGAGGACGGGAUGAUUAUCACUGUUGCUGAUCCACCGCCUACUUGGGCUUUCGAAGAUGUUGUACCGGAGGAUUCAUCUAGAAGGCCUGGAGUUCGAUACAAGUACUUUAUUGUAUCUCCCAAUGCUGAGAGGUUGUGUAGAGCAUCUGAGAUGGUUGAAGCGGGCGCCUUGAAAGCUCUGGCGGUGAAAUCAUUCCCUUUUACAGAGGCUGAUCAAGCUUGGGAGAGUGCCCGGCAGAGGGGAAGGGGUCAUAAAGUUGUCAUUGAGUUCUAG